AAAGUUGUAUGUUUGAUGUUAGAUUUGUUAAAUUUGGUAUUAAUUUAUAUUCAUAAUGGUGGAAGAAAUUAUAAAUGCCAAUAAUAAAACAAAGAAUAGAACUACUAGGCCACGACCUGUCUAUUUGUGGAAUGUAUUAGAUGUUCAGAAAUGGUUUAGAAGACAUUGUAGUGAUUAUUAUCAAUUCUAUCAUGAAAAAUUUCUAUUUCAUGAUAUUACAGGGCGAGCACUAUUAAGAAUUAAUGAAAACGUUUUAUUGCGGUUAGGAAUCCACAAUAAAGAGCAUAGAAUGGAUAUUUGGAGAGAAAUAAUGAAGUUACAUUUAAAAACAGAUAUUCUAGAAAUAAGGGAUAUUGAAAGAUGUAACAAUAUGAUUUAUGAUUAGUUAUAUGUUAUAUAUAAUAUUAAUUUAUU